GGGUCGACGAAUUACGGAUCCUUGGGCACGACAUCAUUCACAGUUCCAGGAGGAUACUUUUACCCCGAACUAGGCUAUGGUGGCAUGCAGCAUACCUUAUCACCACCGUACCCCAUUUGGAACUCAGGAUAUGGAGAGCUUCACGGAAACACUCCUGCUUCUCUAAAUUCUGUAUAUGGCUCCACGUACAGACCAGUACUGAAGCUCCCGGUUUCUGGAAGCUCAGGUUACAUACAUGGAUACAGCAGCACGCUCAUGUUUCCGGCUUCAGGAAGCAGCCCUAACGGAGCUGGAUACGGACCAACCAUGAAACUUCCUGCCUCCGGCAACACUGCUUACGGAUACGCACCUAGCUACGGCAGCACGUUGAAACUACCGGCUUCAGGAAGCGGUACAUAUGGAGCUGGAUAUGGACCAACAAUGAAACUUCCGGCAUCCGGGAGCACUGGCUACGGAUACGGACCUAGCUACGGCAGCACGUUGAAGCUACCAGCCUCAGGAAGCGGGCCAUAUGGUGCUGCAUACGGACCAACGAUGAAACUUCCGGCAUCUGUUAACACUGGUUACGCAUACGGACCUAACUACGGUAGCACGUUGAAGUUACCGGCUUCGGGAAGCGGGCCAUAUGGACCUGGAUACGGACAAGCGAUGAAACUUCCGGCAUCAGGGAACAUUGGUUACGGAUAUAGGCCUAGCUACGGGAGCACGUUGAAGCUACCGGCUUCGGGAAGCGGGCCAUAUGGACCUGGAUACGGACAAACGAUGAAACUUCCGGCAUCAGGGAACAUUGGUUACGGAUAUAGGCCUAGCUACGGGAGCACGUUGAAACUACCGGCUUCGGGAAGCGGGCCAUAUGGACUUGGAUACGGACAAACAAUGAAACUUCCGGCAUCCGGGAGCACUGGCUACGGAUACGGACCUAGCUACGGUAGCACGCUGAAGCUACCAGCCUCAGGAAGCGGGCCAUAUGGUGCUGCAUACAGACCAACGAUGAAACUUCCGGCAUCUGUUAACACUGGUUACGCAUACGGACCUAACUACGGUAGCACGUUGAAGCUACCGGCUUCGGGAAGCGGGCCAUAUGGACCUGGAUACGGACAAACGAUGAAACUUCCGGCAUCCGGGAGCACUGGCUACGGAUAUAGGCCUAGCUAUGGUAGCACGUUGCAGCUACCGGCUUCGGGAAGCGGGCCAUAUGGACUUGGAUACGGACAAACGAUGAAACUUCCGGCAUCAGGAGACAUUGGUUACGGAUAUAGGCCUAGCUACGGGAGCACGUUGAAGCUACCGGCUUCGGGAAGCGGGCCAUAUGGACCUGGAUACGGACAAACGAUGAAACUUCCGGCAUCAGGAGACAUUGGUUACGGAUAUAGGCCUAGCUACGGUAGCACGUUGAAGCUACCGGCUUCGGGAAGCAGGCCAUAUGGACCUGAAUACGGACAAACGAUGAAACUUCCGGCAUCAGGGGACAUUGGUUACGGAUACCGACCUAACUACGGCAGCACGUUGAAGUUAACGGCUUCGGGAAGCGGGCCAUACGGACCUGGAUACGGACAAACGAUGAAACUUCCGGCAUCAGGGAACAUUGGUUACGGAUAUAGGCCUAGCUACGGGAGCACGUUGAAGCUACCGGCUUCGGGAAGCGGGCCAUAUGGACCUGGAUACGGACAAACGAUGAAACUUCCGGCAUCAGGAGACAUUGGUUACGGAUAUAGGCCUAGCUACGGUAGCACGUUGAAGCUACCGGCUUCGGGAAGCAGGCCGUAUGGACCUGGAUACGGACAAACGAUGAAACUUCCGGCAUCAGGAGACAUUGGUUAUGGACAUAGGCCUAGCUACGGGAGCACGUUGAAGCUACCGGCGUCGGGAAGUGGACCAUAUGGACCUGGAUACGGACAAACGAUGAAACUUCCGGCAUCUGUUAACACUGGUUACGCAUACGGACCUAACUACGGUAGCACGUUGAAGCUACCGGCUUCGGGAAGCGGGCCAUAUGCACCUGGAUACGGCCAAACUAUGAAACUUCCGGCAUCAGGGAACAUUGGUUACGGAUAUAGGCCUAGCUACGGUAGCACGUUGAAGCUACCGGCUUCGGGAAGCAGGCCAUAUGGACCUGGAUACGGACAAACGAUGAAACUUCCGGCAUCAGGAGACAUUGGUUACGGACAUAGGCCUAGCUACGGGAGCACGUUGAAGCUACCGGCGUCGGGAAGUGGACCAUAUGGACCUGGAUACGGACAAACGAUGAAACUUCCGGCAUCUGUUAACACUGGUUACGCAUACGGACCUAACUACGGUAGCACGUUGAAGCUACCGGCUUCGGGAAGCGGGCCAUAUGCACCUGGAUACGGCCAAACGAUGAAACUUCCGGCAUCAGGGAACAUUGGUUACGGAUAUAGGCCUAGCUACGGUAGCACGUUGAAGCUACCGGCUUCGGGAAGCAGGCCAUAUGGACCUGGAUACGGACAAACGAUGAAACUUCCGGCAUCUGUUAACACUGGUUACGCAUACGGACCUAACUACGGUAGCACGUUGAAGCUACCAGCUUCGGGAAGUGGGCCAUAUGGAUAUGGAUAUGGACAAACGAUGAAACUUCCGGCAUCAGGAGACAUUGGUUACGGACAUAGGCCUAGCUACGGGAGCACGCUGAAGCUACCGGCUUCGGGAAGCGGACCAUAUGGACCUGGAUACGGACAAACGAUGAAACUUCCGGCAUCUGUUAACACUGGUUACGCAUAUGGACCUAACUACGGUAGCUCGUUGAAGCUACCGGCUUCGGGUAGCGGGCCAUAUGGACUUGGAUACGGACAAACGAUGAAACUUCCGGCAUCAGGGAACAUUGGUUACGGAUAUAGGCCUAGCUACGGUAGCACGUUGAAGCUACCGGCUUCGGGAAGCGGACCAUAUGGACCUGGAUACGGACAAACGAUGAAACUUCCGGCAUCUGUUAACACUGGUUACGCAUACGGACCUAACCACGGUAGCACGUUGAAGCUACCGGCUUCGGGAAGCGGGCCAUAUGCACCUGGAUACGGCCAAACUAUGAAACUUCCGGCAUCAGGGAACAUUGGUUACGGAUAUAGGCCUAGCUACGGUAGCACGUUGAAGCUACCGGCUUCGGGAAGCGGGCCACAUAGACCUGCAUACGGACAAACGAUGAAACUGCCGGCAUCAGGGGACAUUGGUUACGGAUAUAGGCCUAGCUACGGUAGCACGUUGAAGCUACCGGCUUCGGGAAGCGGGCCACAUGGACCUGCAUACGGACAAACGAUGAAACUUCCGGCGUCAGGGAACAUUGGUUACGGAUAUAGGCCUAGCUACGGGAGCACGUUGAAACUACCGGCUUCAGGAAGCGGGUCACAUGGUGCUGCAUACGGACCAACGGCAAAAUACCCGGCAUCCGGGAACACUGGCUACGGAUACGGACCUAGCUACGGCAGCACGUUGAAGCUACCAGCCUCAGGAAGCGGGUCAUAUGGUGCUGCAUACGGACCAACGAUGAAACUUCCGGCAUCUGUUAACACUGGUUACGCAUACGGACCUAACUACGGUAGCACGUUGAAGCUACCGGCUUCGGGAAGCGGAUCAUAUGGAGCUGGAUAUGGACAAACGAUGAAACUUCCGGCAUCCGGGAACCUUGGUUACGGAUUUGGCUACGGCAGCACGUUGAAGCUACCAGCUUCAGGAAACGGACCAUAUAGAGCUGGAUACGGACAAACAAUGAAACUUCCGGCAAGUUACGAUUACGGAUAUGGGCCUAGUCAUGGAAGCACGUUGAAGCUUCCGGCCUCAGGAAGCAGGCCACAUGGAGCUGGAUACGGUGCAACUAUGAAACUUCCAGCAAGUCACAACCCCAGUUACGGCCAAACAUUCAAGCUCCCAGGCUCUGGAGGUGGGAGUUACGGUAUCGGUCACAGUCAAACAUGGCAGUUUCCAGCUUCCGGUAAUGGCGUAAAAGGUUACGUGCAAACACUGAAGCUCCCAGCCUCUGGAGGCGGCAGUUAUGGUAUCGGUCACAGUCAUACAUUGCAGUUUCCGGCUUCUAGUAUCGGAGUCAAAGGUGCUAGUAACCAACAAACACUAAAGCUGCCAGCGUCUCAAAUCACUGGUUAUGGAAGUGCGCACGGCAAUACACUGAAGAUACCAGCCUCCGGAAACGGUGGCUAUGGAAUAACCCAUGGUCAAACCUUGACGCUUCCAGCCUCAGGUUCUUCACUAUACAGCUCCGGCUACGGGCAGACGAUGAAGCUACCAAACUUUGGGGCUUUUGGUCAUGGAAGUGGCUAUGACUAUAGACAAACGUUGAAGCUACCGGCAUCUGGAACGGCGCAGAACUACGCCGGUUACGGACAGUCACUGGUGAUCCCAGCUUCUGACGGUUCAUUUAACGGAAUCGGUCCCCAAAGAACAGUGAAACUUCCUGCUUCAGGAGGUUUUCCUUUAUACGGAGGAAGCUACGGACAAACACUUAAGUUACCAGCUUCCGGAGCUGUCGGCCAUGCGAACAGCUACGGCCAGACGCUGCAGCUGCCGUCUUUAAGUGGUGCUGCGUACACUCCCACUUUCGGACAGACACUGACGCUCCCUGCGUCUGGAAGUGCCAGUAACGAGUUUGGUUAUGGACAGAUGUUGCAGGUACCGACAACGUCCGGUGUGCUUGACCAGCAUGGACAAAGUUUAACUAUUCCGCUGUCAGUUGGCAUGUCAACUACAUACAAGAAGGAGGUGCCACUGAACUAUUAGUGCUGCUUUCUCGGAGGAACUAGCGCUUUUGAAAGAGUGAGAUAAUUCGGUGAAAUGCCUUAUCCAGCCAUUUAGUAAACCCAUAUUAGUUGAAUCUGUGGCACAAGUGAGCAAUAAUGGCGCGCUCAUAGAUCGAAAGGCAGUCCCAAGUUUUCUAGAGAACUCGUUACAAUAUCUGAAUGCCAAUUAGUGCGGCUUCGAAGUGCACACAGCAUAACGCACGCGUGCAAAGUUAAUGUCAGAAAUAACCAUACCGUAUACAUCAGGAACAUGUUCUUCUUGCCAUGCAGGUUAUUGUGCAUAAAUGGAAUUCUUUAUCAUGA